AUGACAACGCUAUUCUCAGAUUUGCCAAACUUAAACUUUGGCCUCACCGUAAAACAACUCAACUGUGUGAUUCACCCCACUAUUGCCCCUAACAUUCUAGACCAUUACCUUAGAAAGCCAGAGGAUUAAGAUAUCGUAGUAGGUAUUCUCCUAGGUACACUUGAUGGCAGUCAAAUUGAUAUUUUCAGCAGCUUCGCUGUCCCUUAGUAUAUUGAGAAGGAUCAGAAGGAGUUGAUUAUUGAUUAUGAAUAUAUGCAGAAAAUGCUCAAGUUCUAUAGGAAAGUUAACCCCAAGGAGGGUUUAUUAGGUAUGUAUAUCUCUUCGCAGAAGUUAGACUACCACGGUCUGCAGCUCCUGACUUACUUCUAAGAGUUAUUCUAAAGCGAGAAAAAGAAGCCUUUGAUUUCAUUCCCUCUCGUGAUGAUGGUAGACCCCUCACUCCAGGACAAUAAAUUGUCAAUCAAAAUCCUCAACUUGGUUUCAGGAUUCUUGAAAAAGAACCCCAUCUUCUGUGAAUUAAAUUACAAGUUUGCUCUUGAAAAUUACCAAAAGACAGGUCUUGACGUGCUCUUCUACGGCUAGGAGCACUUUGACACUCUUGCUAUAUUAUCUAUGAAGGAUGACAUGACCAAUGAGAAAGUAAGUGAUUUGAUGACAAAUCAAAAGCUUCUUUCCAACAAAGAUUUGAUGAUCAAAAAUCUAGACAAUCUAGUCUAAAAUCUCAAUGAAUGCGAGGACUAUAUCUAAAAAGUUAUUGAUGGCAAAGCACCAGCCAAUUCAGAUAUCGCAAGAUCACUAAACUCAUGCAUUAGUCAGUUCUCAUCUGACGACAUGAAUGUCUUAGAAAAUAUGGUAUUAGAGAACUUUGAGGACGCAAUAAUGAUAAAUAGUUUGGCAAAAUUACAGCAUGCUCACAUUACAAUGACAGAGAAACUAAAUAUGAUAUUUGCCCAGAGCAUUCACAAGCAGCCAGCCAAGCAAUAAUUCUAGCAGUAGAGGAAAGAGAGUGAAACAUAGCCAGCCACUUAGAAAUAGAGUAAAUGA